AUGGAGCUGCAUCCUCUGGAAACUGCAGCGGUGCGCAUCCUGUUUUGUGGGCGACCCGCCCUGACGACCGGUAUCGUGAACCUGCGCGUGCUUCUUGGUGGCGAUGGGCAGUACUGCCUGGCAGAGAAGCGAAAGGCAAAGCUGCACCACAGCAACCGCCAUGGCACCCGGGGAGACGCGGCCGUCAGCAAUGGCGUCGAAGUUAGUGCUGAUUCCCGGGAGAAGCGUGAGAGUGUCUACCGUGUCUGCUCCUCUGAAGGACUGCCCGAUGGAUGCUAUUACGUGAAGGCAGAUCGGCACUACUGGGUCAUGCGCAUGAAGGGAGGGCUCAGGGCAGCCACCUCAACAACAGCAACAUCAACCCAGCCUUCCGCAUCACUUUGGAACACGCAAGCCACCCUGGCCUCGUCGCCGAUGCCUCUCGCAGCAACCGCAUCGGCAGCGGAGCCCUCGAAGGUGGAAGACGAUGUGUUGGCGAGGAGCACGCACAACCAAGGUACUGCUGCCAGUACCCCUGCAGAAGCGGCGGGUGCAACGGCGGUGACGGCAGAAUCGUCUUCAGCGCUGACACCUGCAGAUGAUGCGGCGCGUGCUAGUGUAGCAAGAAAGAAGGUGAUUUCAACGCAGCGAAAGUACACGCGACGCCUGAAGGCUGUCGAAGAGGACAUGGACAAACUCCCGCUGAUCACUACCACGCUCUCCGACCCGGCCCCUCUCGCUGAAGCGUCACCAACGCAAGAGCAGCAGCAGCAGCAGCAGAGGGCGUCCGUGCAAGGUGUGGACGUGGUCGGCGAUGUUGAGGCGGCGCGAGGAGAGCAGCUCCUGGGCACUCCUCUCUCCGUGCGGCAAGCAGCCAAGGUGGCAACCGACGUCCUCGUCGCGUUUGAAGAGACGCCACCUUCACUGCAGCAGCAGCAGCAGAAAAAGCAGUGGGAGAGACGCAAGAAGGCCUCGCGUGUGCACGUCGACGCCGUCGCGGAGGACUGCAAAGACAGCGAAGCCGAUGCGGCGGGAGGCCGCGUGAGCGCGAAAACGACACGCGGCAGCAGCCGCGCAGGUGGCGGCAACGACGUCCAUGGCGAAGUUGCGGGCGGCACGCCUCUUGCGGAGCGGCUCGCCGCUGAUGCAUCCCAGCCCCCGAAGCAGCCGCAGCAUCGUGGAAAGCGGUGGCGCAGCGAUGAAGUCACUGCCGAGGAUCCGCCGGCACUACCCCCUGUGCGGCACCCGAGCACUCAGGUCACGCCUCUGACGUCGUUCCCAGAGACGUCGCCGCUUCCGACGCCGGAAAAGAGCAAGGCGGCGCGGAGGAAGAUGGGCCUGAGGCAAGACGAGGUCAAGGCUUCCACGCCUGCAUCAUCUGCCAAUUUAAGGGAUGCCACCCUACCUCUGCCGUCGACACUCAUCGACAGCGACACCGAAAGUGCUCCAAGGCCGGCAUCACCGGCACGCAAGUCACGCAAGUCCAGCGCUGCCACCUCAGCAGCGUCCGCCGCAGCAACAUCGGAUGCAGCCGAUAUGGCGACUUUAUCGAGGAUUCCAACACCGCCUCUCUCCCCGCCUCCUCUCCGCCCUGUGCCGGGUCAGCGGCAAAUCACCAGCCCACAUGGUAAGAAGACGCCAAGCCACGCGGGCACGAACACUGCUUCUCUUGAUCAUCCUCCUCCGCGGCAGGCGCCGCCGCAGCAGCAGCAGCAACAGGAAGAAGAAAAACCCCCUGCGAAGCGAUCGCCGGCCUCCGCUCCGCAGGAAACCACCCCAAACAUCCUCUACAGCAACCGCAGCAGCGGCGUCGCGACUCCCACUGCCCGUGACAUAAUGCAACAGCAGCAGCACGACCGCCACGCAGCGCUCAGCUCUCCCUCGACCCGAUCGCCGGUCGGCGUGAAUCGAUCGGCGAGCACCAGCAGUCUCCUGGGGCCUCUCCUCUCUCCGCUGCUGCAGCACCAGUCUCAGUGGAGUGGUAUCGGCAGUGGCGCUGCCGGGUCGAGAGGACUACAUGGGAGUAUGAUGAACGGAGGCAGCGGCGGCAGUGGCUUCUUUCCAUCCGACAGCCCCGCGCUGGGCUUCACACAGGUGCACAGCACGCUGGCAGAAGAGUUCAGCCUGGAUGUGUCAGAGACAGAGUCGUCGUCGGCGGCCUCGGAGUAUCUGUGCGAUGUGGAAGAGUAG